AUGUCACUCCAAGUGAACGACCCACGGUCGGGAACCCGAUCCAAAUCCCCUGGCCGCGAGCGCUCACGGUCGCGGUCGCGCGACAGCCGAGUCCCCUCCCCCUCGCCUUCACCCUCCCAUCGCUCCCGCUCACCAGCCGUCGAAGCCCCCAGAAGCAAAGUCUACAAUCCCGACGAAGAAGCCGAAAUCGAGCGCCAAUACAAGCUCAUCAGCGAGCGCCGUCGCGACCCAAACUCCGAGGAGUCGCGUCCCGUCAUCUCGCGCGCCCCAAGGACCCCCCGCUACGACGUGGACCGCUCAGACUCGGACUCGGAGUCUAGACGUCGCGACGCAGAAAGCUCAAGGCGACGUCGCGAUGACCGCUAUGAACACUCGGACGAGGAGCGUGGUUCCACUGCGACUUCGUCGCGGUCGCAUCGACGACGACCCUCGUCGCCAGACCGCAGUCGCGUGAAUCACCACGACUCAGACGACUCAGCCGACGAUCUGGCUUACGGUGAUGCGCCAGGCAGCCAUCCCAGCUACGCGCGCCCUAAUCGGUACAGCUAUGCCCAGCCCACGCAGUUCGUCUCCGCCGUCUCCGCUGCCCCGCGACAGUCGGGAUACCCUGCUACCGCUGCGCCGGUUGACUGGGCCUCUGUGCCGGAAUGCGAACGUCCUGGGUUCGUGCCGCCUUCCUCGCAGCCGGGCCCGGCUACCAUGCCCGGCGCGUUCCCUGUGGCGUCGACAUAUCCCACUGCCUCGGGCGCUGUCCCGGCGCCGGUGAAUCCCCCGCUGCAGUAUACUGGUUUGUCGGGCCAGCAGGCUCCGUAUGCCACGAGUGCGGGGUAUGCGCCCUCACAUUACCGUACGGCCUCGGCGAGUGAUACGGGUUAUCCACCCCCGGCGGCUGGAUAUGCGAAUCCCGGCGUGUACCAGUACGCGCAGGUCGAUCCUAAUGUGAAGUAUGCUUCGAAGACGGUGCCGGUGUCCGGGCCGAAGCCGAUAUACCCUGCUUCUACACAUGAGCAGUUUUCGAGGCCGAUACCGCAGCAAGCGCAGAAUCAGUAUCAGUAUCAUCCGCAAUCGCAGCAGCAGCAGCAGCAGCAGCAGCAGCAGCCGCCUCCAGACCAGUAUCGGUAUAAACACGAGCCUCAGAAACAGGAGCCUCAGUUUGUGGAGAUCGCGCCUGGGAGUCGGUCGAGUGCUCGUCCACACAGUCACUCUGUGUCAUCGUCGAAUAACCUCGCAGUUGGAGGAGCCAGUGCAGCUCAUUCGGCUCAUCCCCCGGCUAGUCCACUGCUGGAGCCGUAUCACGGUACAUACCAGUCCAUCUCACCGAUGCCAACCGCGAUCGUCAUCCCCUCCAUCCGCGACGAUGACAUCUCCGACUUCGAACCCCUCGACGGCGGAACCUCAGCCUCAGACUCAGGUCGACGCAGCAAACACACUCGCUCCCACUCAUCCGUCAGCGAAAAAGAAUCCCGCUCCCGCAGCAGCAAAGACAAGAAAGACAAAGAGCGCGACGACCGAAAAGACAAAGACGACAAACGUCGCGUCCGCCCAGUAACUACCCACGACCGCCACGACUCAAGCUCCUCGAUCCUCAGCACCGACCCACGAGUCCUGGUCUCCCCAACAACAGGCCGUAAGCGCGUCUCCUUCUACGACGCCGGCCCAGACGCCGCAGCCAUGCAAUCCGCCCUAAACCACACCCGAAACAUAGACAGCAAACCCAUAAUCCAAAUCCUACCCCGUCUAACAAGCGACGAGAUCCUCCUCCUGCGCCAGGAAUACAAAACUCGCGUCCGCAUGCAAGGAAAGGGAAUAAACCUCGCCAAACACCUCCGUCUCAAACUAGGCAGUUCCUCCUUCGGAAAAGUAUGCUACGCCACCGCCCUCGGCCGCUGGGAAUCGGAAGCAUAUUGGGCAAACUGCUAUUACCAAGCGGGGACCUCACGUCGCGAACUCCUAAUCGAGUCCCUGAUGGGAAGGUCGAAUGCCGCGAUCCACGAAAUCAAAAACUCUUUCCGUGAUACGCGUUACGAGAAUAGUCUUGAGCGCUGCAUGCGCGCCGAGCUGCGCGCGGAUAAGUUCCGCGUGGCCAUUCUGCUUGCGCUUGAGGGGCAAAGACAGGAUGAUCGUGAGCCGCUGGAUAAACGGCUCGUUAGGGAUGAUGUGCAGGAUUUGCAUCGGGCGAUUGUGAAGGAGGGGGGCGAAACCCUAGCCCACAUCCUCAACGGCGCAAUCAACAGACCAAUGCGCGACGCCCUCCUCCUCCACCAAGCCCUACGCGAAUCCCGUACCGGCCGCGAGCGCUCAGAACUACUCAUCUCCCGUCUCGUGCGUCUGCAUUGGGAACCUAGACAUCUUGAUCUCGUUAAGAAUGAGUACAGACGCAGAUACCAUGAGCGUCUCGAGGAGGCUAUUGCCGAGGAGAUUCUGUCGUUGAAUGGGGGACAGGAUUGGGGGGAGUUUUGUAUUGAGUUGGCGCGGAAUGCUUGA